AUGACAGUGAUAACAGUUAGUGUGACAGUGACAACAGUUAGUGUGACAGUGACAACAGUCAGUAUGACAGUGAUAACAGUUAGUGUGAUAGUGACAACAGUUAGUGUGACAGUGACAACAGUCAGUAUGACAGUGAUAACAGUUAGUGUGAUAGUGACAACAGUUAGUGUGACAGUGAUAACAGUUGGUGUGACAGUGACAACAAUACACUUUUCUCAAAUUUCCAUACCCCUACCUCUCACAUGUCAUCAUCCAGUAUACACUAAACAUCCCGUAUACAGUAAACAUUUAGUGUACACUAAACAUCCAGUAUACACUAAACAUCCAGUGUACACUAAACAUCCAGCAUACACUAAACAUCCAAUAUACACUAAACAUCCAGUAUACACUAAACAUCCUGUAUAUACUAAACCUCCAGCAUACACUAAACAUCCAGUAUAUACUAAACCUCCAGUAUACACUAAACAUCCAGCAUACACUAAACAUCCAGUAUACACUAAACAUCCAGUAUACACUAAACAUCCAGUAUACACUAAACAUCCAGUAUACACUAAACAUCCAGUAUAUACUAAACCUCCAGUAUACACUAAACAUCCAGUAUACACUAAACAUCCAGUAUACACUAAACCUCCAGUAUACACUAAACAUCCAGCAUACACUAAACAUCCAGUAUACACUAAACAUCCAGUAUACACUAAACAUCCAGUAUACACUAAACAUCCAGUAUACACUAAACAUCCAGCAUACACUAAACAUCCAGCAUACACUAAACAUCCAGUAUACACUAAACAUCCAGUAUACACUAAACUUCCAGUAUAUACUAAACCUCCAGCAUACACUAAACAUCCAGUAUACACUAAACUUCCAGUAUACAAUAAACAUCCUGUAUACACGAAACAUCCAGUAUAUACUAAACAUCCAGUAUACACUAAACAUCCAGUAUGCACUAAACAUCCUGUAUAUACUAAACAUCCAGUAUACACUAAACAUCCAGUAUACACUAAACAUCAUGUAUAUACUAAACAUCCAGUAUACACUAAACAUCCAGUAUACACUAAACAUCCAGUAUACACUAAACAUCAUGUAUAUACUAAACAUCCAGUAUACACUAAACUUCCAGUAUACACUAAACCGGACCGUCAUUUGCAGUUAGAGGUUCUUCGGGUCACCCUGGAUCCAACUAAACCAUUGACUCCAUAUGGAUUAGUUUGUCCAAUGGAUCCAUCUGCAGUGACACAGAUCCAGCAUGGAAGAACUGCAGGGUGGAAACAUAUUUCCCAUAGACAUGCUUCCCAUAAGCUACUAAGUUAG